AUGGUCAAGAAGAAGCGACCUCCCACCCUCCAGGAGAAGUUGGAGAUGCCGUGGUGCUACUACUGCAACCGCGAAUUUGUCGACCUGGUGGUCCUCACAACCCACCAGAAGACUAAGCACUUCAGGUGCGAUGAUUGCGCCCGCCGUCUCAACACCGCAGGUGGUCUCAAGGUGCACAUGUCCCAGGUGCACAAGAAGGAACUCACAGAAGUUGCGGGUGCCAUCGAAGGCCGACGCGGUCUGGACGUCGAAAUCUUCGGCAUGGAAGGAAUCCCCGCGGAAGCGAUUCGCCUUCACGAAAACCAGAUCCGACACGAAUAUGCCGAAAUGAAUCGCGAACAUAUGGAACGUACCGGCAACCCGAUGCCUGGUUCUGGAAUUCAGCCGCCGCCGAGCAAGAAACCAAAGUUGGACGUAACCGAGGACGUUUCCAAUAUGAAGAAGCGUCUGGCUGAGCACCGCGCCAAGCGUGCCGCUGAAGCAGCAGCCGCCGCCGCUGCCGCUGCUACUGAACCUAGCAGCGGCAACGGCACCCCCGCUAGCCCCGCGUCAAACACACCGGUGGCGGCCGCGGCCGCCCAAAAUGUUCCAAACGCACUGUCGCUGGCUGCAGGCCUCGUCCCCGGACAACCCUAUUCAUACCACAUGCCGUACGGUGGCGUCGCAGCUGUCGCCGCCCCCGUCCCUUACGGUGGAAGCCCAGGCUCGUAUUCUCCUGCAACUCCUGGACAUGCUCCUGGCGCCGCAGCUUCCCCUCUUGCAGGCAAUUCGCUUCACGCACCCUCCGCUCACGGCUACGGUGCUACACCUAAUCCUAACCAACCGACCCCUACCACCGAUUCCAGCGCCCGAGCUAGCGCCAGUCCUCUUCCCGCCGGACUUCCCAACCGUCCUCAGUUCGAAGCCCCUGCUGUCAACUUCCAACAAAUGCAGCAGAUUCACAUGGGUCACCCUCUUCCUGCGGCCUCACCUGCCGCAGGCGACACACUCGCGAACGGUUCGAACGGUGAUAACGUGACUUCCGGAGCCACGGCCGAAGCCAAGGUCGAAACCACAGCCGGAGCUACGGAGAAAGUCGACAAGCCGGCGAAGAAGCCGGCCAACGUUCGCCUGAUUUACUCGGACAAGAAGAUUAGUCCUGAGGAGAAAAUGGCUGCUCUCCCUCGGUAUGCAUUCAACCGUGCCCAAUUCCCGGAUAAUACUGCACUUGGCGAGCUCCCCGCCUCUACGGUUACGGGACCCAUUCGUGACCAGGAUACCGUCCUCGACCCGGCUCAAUGA